GAGAUCAAAUCUAGAGUAACUUCCACUCUUGAUAUCUCCAUAUUCAACUCUUUCUUCUUGUUGAUACAUUCCCAGAAAAAAACCAAAACAAAACAAUGUCAUUACCCUUUUCAUCAACCAACAACAACCUCAUAAUCCACGCAUCAUCUUCACUCUUCCUCACUCUCCUCUUCACCUUCAUCAAGAUCCCAUCUUUCUUCCUCCAUGGCCUCCACACCUACAUCCACCCUGAUGACGUCACCCCUCCAAACCCCAAUUCAUCCGGAAUCAAAGCUGCAAUCAGAAGACCCAGUGACACCACCACUUCUGGUAUCAAACCCAGAAAGAAAACCCAUGAAAAGUUUGAGUUUGAUGAGAACAAAGCUCAGAUCUUUCGGCUCAAACUCACCCACAAUCACCUCCAAUCAAGACUCUAUUUUGAUCAGUUUAAUGGGGCUUUUAAUUUCACCAUUGUUGCUUGUUCUUCACUUUUGAUUCAUAACUUGUUGCCUGUAUCUAAAGAUUCCUCUGGAGUGCUUCCUAAUGGUACUUUGAUUCCAAUCUUGUUAGGGUUUAUAGGGGUUGUUAGAGUAUUAUUCAUAAUUGUUAAAGUUUCUUUUGAAAGAUCUGCUUCCAAGAGGUCGGAGAAGCAAUUGAGUGUUUUGAUUGGAUGUUUGGGUACUAUAAUUGGGUUUUUAAUUGUUCUUGAAGUUAUCCCCAAUUGGGUUUUCGAUUUCGGGUCAAAGUUUGAAUCUUUAGAUGGGUAUGCUAAAUUUUGUACUGCAAUGUUCAUGGGUUUUCUUGCUGGACUGUUGUAUGUUCCCGCCGCGAAAUUCGCUCGUGCGUAUUGGCUUGGAACCGAUCAGAUUCGAUGCAAUUUGUCGAUGAUUUAUUGCGGGUGGUUUGGGAGAAUCUUGCUUUACUUUAGCUAUUUGUUGACUGUGUUCACUUCAUUGCUGUGGAUCAAUCCGUUUGCUGAUCUUAUCGUUAACAAGAACAUUAAAAACUUCAAGGUCAAGAACGUGCAAUACGCCAAUCGUUUAACCGGAAAUGUGGGUAUGUCGAGAUCGGAUUUUGAGUUCUUCAGAUUGUGUUGUUUGCUAGCGACCGGAGUUUUGAACAUGAUAAGUUUACGGGCGAAUUUGCAAAUGUUUUUGAAUGAAGCGGUGUUAUCUUGGUACCAAAGAUUGCACGCGAGCAAGGUUCCGGAUUUGGAUUACAGUCGCGCUAAAGUGUUCUUGCAUAACCAUUAUCUGUGUCUUGCCGGGAUACAAUUCUUCUCGCCGCCUGCACUGGUACUCUUCUUUCUUGGCUUAUCGCGGAUUAAUGAUAAUGUUCUUGAUCAUUUUCCUGCUUUGUGUAAUUUGAUCCCGUGCUCUGCUUUGGUGAAAGAAAUGAGUUUGUUCAUGGGUUGGUGGGUUGUUUCGGUUUUAGGUGUUUUAGUUUCGGUGAAUCUUGCACUCUAUAGACAAGGGAUUUUGUAUGUUUCUUGAGGGUUGUAGAGUUUAACAAGUUUUGUCACAUUUUCAUUACAAGGAUAUGUAACUUUUGAUUCAUAUGUUCUACGGGUCGCGUAGUUGGAUAAAUAUAUUUUGGUAGUUUUGUCACACUUUCAUUACAAGGAUAUGUAACUUUUGAUUCAUAUGUUCUACGGGUCGUGUAGUUGGAUAAAUAUAUUUUGGUAGUUUUGUCACACUUUCAUUACAAGGAUAUGUAACUUUUGAUUCGUA